AUGGGCAACCACGCCCUUUGUGGUGAGAAGGGUAAGUGUGGAGGGCAGUGCUCGCAGCUGACGAUUUCACAGUCGCUGGAGAGCAUUAUUGAGGAGCCUGAGCCAUCUGGCGCCGUCUUUGCAGACACCUUGCAAGGUCUCAACGCAAUCGACCGCAACCUUCUACUGUUCUGUGCCUCAAGCAACUUAGCUGGUGUUCGCUGGCUCCUGGUCCUUGGAGCAAACCGUCGAGUCACAGACCAGAAGGGCACCACGUGCCUGCAUGCUGCCUGCCGAAGUGGUUCCAGCAGCAUCGUUGAAGUCCUUGUUCUUCUGGAGGAGGAGUCAGGAGCAGUCUCCACAAGUGCCAGCACUGUCGAGCGUCAUGACGAAGACCUGGCGACGGACACCGGUGGGAUCGGAGGUCUGCAAGCAACGGACGAGGCUGGCUGGACGCCGCUGCAUGUGGCUGCCUUCAUGGGCCGGCAGGAUGUAGUGAAGGUCUUACUCAGGAAUGGGGCCAACACGCUUGCUCGCACCAACAAAGGCCAGUUUGCGGUGGACCUAUGCUCGGAUGUGGCAACCCGCAGGCUCCUACAAAAAGAAAUGCGAGCCAUGUCGGAUGUCACAUUGGGUGUUCAAUUUCCUGACGACAGGUCCUUUAGCCAAGCCAACCAGGAGGUCACGCUCCAAGCUUUACAAGUCGAAGGCACUGUUCUGUCGCGCUCUUGCGUCGCCUCGCCAUCCAGAGAGAUUCGCUUCGAGCCGUUCUUUGUGCCACGAGCUCCACUUCUGGUGGAGGAAGAUGUGGAGCUGGAGUUUGCUGAGCUAUGUGCCUACUUGGGCUGCCAGAUUUUCGAUUCGAGCCCUGGACGAGGGCUUGCCUUCUUGGUGGUCACUGGCUCCGUUCGCGAUUACCCGAUUGAUUUGGUGGGCUUCAUACGGACGACAAAGCUUAGCCCCAUCCAAGUUGGAACUUUCCUGGGCGAGGACUUCUCGCUAUCAAAGAUCCUUCGGAUGGAAUUCCUGAACUCGGUAUGUCUGACGAGCACCGGUGUGGUGUCUGCACUUCGCACAGGUCUUACCGGGUUAAAGGUGCCCCCCGAUCUUCAGAAGAUGAACCGCCUCCUGGGCAGCCUUUCUGAGGUCUGGUGGCGGCAACAGCUCCGCGCUGCAAAGCUCAUCAACAGGAAGAAGGAUAAAGCCAGCAGCCCGUCAAAGAGCCAGGACAUUCUCAUUGAGGAGUCUGUUGACAUGGCGGUUGAUGUGGCAACGGAUGAGCUCCGCGGGACAAAUCUGAAAGCGAUUCUGCCUUCCAUCAACAGUCUGCACCAGCUGCUGUUUUCCACAGUGAUGCUCCACUGGAAUUUGCAUGCUCCAUUGCCUCCGUCCCAGAAGCUGGACUUCGAUGCUUGGGCGGCUCUGAACAGGAGUGGCACCAAGGAAGAUGUUCCGGACUGGGUGCUUGAGCCCAUCUACGCGGCGGUGGCGAGAGCUCCACUUGAAGAGUUGUCACUGGACUUGGACGAGACAAGGCAAGUCACAAGCACUAGUUAUUUCGAUGUGCAGGAGCUUGCUGUUGCCUCCGCCCUAGGCUGGGUGCAAGUCUUCGCAGACGGCCUUCCGGCACUUCCUGGCGCACCGCGCUUUCGCCCAGUUAGCUUUGUGGAAUGCAUGCAAGCUGCGGGAAUGAUCUGCGAGUCAACAGCAUCAGCCCGCAUGCAGUCCGGAAAAGGACAGCUCGAGCAGGCUGUGGACGGCUCUCCUGUUGCCAAGGCCCAAGGAAUUCUGGAUGACCACUCUGCAUCAGUGUGGCUUUCGCUGCGAGGGCCUGUGCUCCUCUUUGAGAUGGAUGCGGGACCUGGCCUGAACCCUUUCGCCUUCCUCUACGUGAAGUGCGUCAAGUUGACAGCUAUCGACCCUCCACGGUUGACAUUUACGAUCGAACGUGGAGAUGGCAGUGGCGAUACUUCGGAAGCAGCCUCUGGCAACAGUGGACUCCAGCUUGUAGUCCUCCUGCAAGAUGGGCGUUUUCAGGCCUUUCACGUGAAGAAGCUGGUGAUGCGUGUCUCUGAUGCUUCUGCUCUCAAAACUUGGGUUGAAGCCAUCUCCUCUGCCAAUGAACUCUGCGGGGAGAUCAGUGAUGACGACAGUCAUGUCAUGGGGCCAAAGCCUGCCUCGCUGCUCUUGUGCGAGCCUCGGGCUUUGAGUAAGCUGUCUGAGAGGGGAGAGCGGCUGUACAGGUCCAAAACUGGACAGCCGCGCCGCCACAGCUUCUGCACAGUGAUGAGAGCUGGCAAGGAGAACAGGGGGGCCUUGCCCUUAGCAAAUGCUCGGGGUUUGGGCAUCAGUGCCACGGCUCCAGCCGAGGAUGAUGAGGUGGACGUUGUUGUUAUAGGCUCCAUUGCACCAGCCAUGCAUCUUGGAUGGUUGUUGCAGCAUGUCUUCGGGCAAGAAGACCCCGGAUCCGGAUUUGGUGGCCUGGCAUGUGCCGGCAUGCUGGCACGUGCAGGCCGCGAGGUCUUGGUGGUCGAAUCUCAUAGCGUUCCUGGUGGAGUCGCUGCCUUACUUGUGGUUCAGAUGUGGCGCAUUCGUCCUGUCCUCAGCAACCGAACAAAACAGGCUGGAAUCAACGAGAAGUCCCAGGUUUUCGAGACGUUUUGGAGCAUGGUGCCGGACUUCUUUGUCCAAGGCCGUGUGAGAUUUGUGCGAUUUGCAGGUUGGCGGUAUGACCAUGCGAAUGCCUGGUUCCAGAUAGUGCGUGGGCCCGCUGUCAAGCAGGGGAUCGUUUUCCACAUCGAGAUUGCCCAAGCGCAGGGCCUCCCGAAACCAGAAGUUACCUUCAUCCAGAUAGCUGGCUUGGGCCUGGAAGAGGCAGAGGCAGCUGGGGGCAAGAAGAAGAAAAAUGAGGAUGACUCCCGCCCUGCCUCCAUCGACCCGCCGACGGCUUUGUGCCGCAUAGCGAGGCAACGACUUCUGGACAGCGUCUGCACGCCCAUGCGGUUAAAGCUGUUUCGGAACGGUCCAACGCCCGUUGCUUUGGCAGAAGCUUCUCUUGACCUGAGCGCCUUGAUCCAUGACACAGCCGUGCUGGAAGUCGAUGUGGACUUGAAAUGGGCGGAACCACUGCUUGGGGAGCUCCGAGCUGAGUUUGAGCAAGAAAGAGCAGCAGCUGCAGAGGCGGCGGCUGCCAAGGCGGCGGAGGCAGAGGCAGAGGCAGAUGCAGAGGUGCAGGAGACUCCAAAGGAGGAGGAGCCAGCACCCACCUUCUCAGAGCCUCCUCCAGGACGACUGCUGCUCAAGAUCUCGACGGCUGCCCCGAUUGGUCGGAUUUUGUGUCCUGAAGACUUGCAUGACUGGGCUGUUCUCACCGUGCGGCUCGACGGGCUCUACCAUUUGCCUCAGAAGCUGCUUGAGGCCGGUGGCCCACUCCCAGAGCCUGGUACGGCCGAGGGUCCCUUGGAGACACAUCCGCUCCGCUACUGCAUGCGUGUGUUGGGUUGUGACUUCAAUGCGGGACAACUGGUCCUGCCGCACAUUGAUCUUCCGCCGGAAGAGGGCGAGGCUAAGCCGGAAGGGGUCGAGGAGCCGGCAGUCGAGGCUGCUGAGCCUGAAACUCCGGCGUCUCCUGAGCCAGACAUUUCAUUUGACAUCGGCAUGGAAGAGUUCCAGGAGAGCCUGAUGCGUGCAGGCUUUCCUGGCAAGGAUGGCCCAGCAGUCUUCAACUUCCUUUGCCGACCACGCACUGGGCUGGGAGGGCGUAUCGGCCUGCAGGAUUUCUUGAGGUUGCUGGAGAUAACAGUGCCCGCAACCCCACAGCAGCUGAUAGAACUGCACAGCUUGCUUGUGGAGAAGCACGAGAACUUGGAGACAGCCUUCUCAGCCUUGGAUACCGAAACAGAAGGGUUUUUGACUCGCCAAAGCUUUGCUGCGGGAAUUGAGCAGCUGGGAGUCAGCAAGGAGGCUGAGGAGAUCGAAGCCUUGUUUGUAGCGCUGGAUUCUAGUCGAGCGGGAUAUGUCGCGCGAGAGGACUUUCGAGUAUUGGGAGUCACCAAGCGUUUAAAAGACUUGGAGGCUGCUGCAAGGGCAUACAGAUGGUUGCUGUCUGCCAGCGGCUCCUUGCAUUCGCUGCUUCAGCAGGUGGACGCACAAAACGCUGGGGCCAUCACAAGGGAUGCCUUCGUUUCAGCUGCAGCACAAUUAGGCUUUGCAGAUGAGGAGGCCCUUGACCAUGCCUUUGCUUUUGCCUGCCUUGUUGAGACUGACGUCUCCGUGACCUUGGGCCACCAGGCCUUUCAGUCUCUUGCAUUGCUGGAGUCGGUCUCCUCAAUUCCUGAGUCCUUGGCAGCACUAGAGACGCUCCUUUUUGGCGAGGAAGGAUUCUUGGGCAAUCCCGGCGAGGCUGCCCUACAGAUGCUGCUGGAUGACCCACAUGCUGCCAGCAUCAGCUGUCCAGAGUUUUUGGCCGGUAUCGCCAGCUUGGAUGCAGCGGGCACCAUGGCAGACGCGCAGGCUCUUUUCUUUGUCUUGGACUCCGCAGUGGAAGGCAAGUUGGGGGCAGAUGCUCUUGCCUCGCUGCAAGCAGUCAAUUCGACCGAGCAGUGGAGACGCCUUGCUGCUUGCCGAUCUUUCAUUGAGUCUGGGUUCGGUGGCAUUGACCACACCACAUUCAAAGCGCUUUUUGACAGCCAUGCAGAGCAUUUUCUCGAAGCCGAAGAGUCUCUCCCUCGUGUAGAGUGGUCCAGCAGUGAAGUCAAAGCUUAUCGAGGUAGGGAGUGGCUGCAAAGGCUUCUCAAUACUUUGAGUGAUGAUCGUGGCCGGAAUGCUGCAGCAGACUCACUUAGCCAGACUGGAGGGACAUGGUUGUACAUGUUCCCGGUCCUGGAGGGACAGGCAGCUGUAGACUUCAAGGAGUUGCCUGAAGCCCAAGCACCACUGGCUAAAUUGGCAAGGUGGCACCACGCACAGGCAUUCCUGGAUCUGCGCCGGAUCCUUGCACCUCCAGAUGCCUGCAAAGGUCCUGAGGUGGAGUUCAGGGCUUUUCUGACGCAGGUCGGAGCCCAGCCAGCGGGCGAGUUCGGUGAUGAAGAAUAUUCAACGCCGCCUUUCAAGGCUUGUCAGACCUAUGUGAAGGGCAUCCUUCGCCUUGACCGUCCCCUGAUGCGGCUGUGCCCCAGAGAUGUGCGGCCUGCUCUGCAACCGUCGGGAGAGCCUUACAUCCCACCGCCUCCCGAGAAGCGCCCUCCUCCUACUGUAAAUGAGGAGCUCGAGAAGGAAGCCAGCAAGGUCAUCGCACGGCUUUCCUUUGAAUUUGCUCAGUGGUGCCACGAGGCCGGGUACGAAGAGGCGAAACUUGGUGCAAAUGCCACUCCAGUGCUGGGCCACAAAGGGGUGAACCGUGGAGCGUUUCUGCAAUGGCUGCAGGAAGAUGGCACUGCCUUCAAGGAUUUGGGCAACAAGCUUCGACCCGCUAUAGUCCGUCUCAUGAGGGCUGAGAACAAGACAGGCCCAUCGUGCGGACUGAACGGGAAUGAGAAUGAUGCCAGGUAUUCCUACUUGUAUGUCUACAUCCUGAAGCACCUCUUCCGUGCGCUGAACGCGGAUGUCGAAAAACAUCGGCGCCUGCGGGAUGAACAGCUGUGGCGGAGCCCGCAGGCCCAGCCGGACAAUGCACAGGAUGCUGAUGCUGCACAGGACAGCCAGAAGCAGGACGAGCUGCUCAAGCGCUUGAUUUUUGAGCAUGAGCUGGUUGGGGCCGGGCACCGUGCUCGAGAGGUGUAUGAGGAGUGGUUGGCCUUGGAGCAUAACGUCGAAAAUGGGGAGGCUUGGUGCAGCUUUGCCCGUUUCCUCAUGCGAUGCGGACAGAGCCAACUCGAUGCCGAGCGGGUGCUGCGAUGCGCGAUCUCACUAAGGUCGGGCAAGGAGGGGCCGGAGCUCCUGGAGGUGUCCUUUCUGGCUUGUCUGCUGCAGAAUCAGGGGCAGCCAUGCUCCCUGGACACGGAGGAAGUCAGGACAGCGCGCUUUGAAGCGGCACUGGCCAUGAUGGAGUGCUAUACAGACAGGCACGCCUUUGACCGCAUGCCUAUGUACGUCCUUUUCCUGAUUUUUGCGGUGGAGGCCCAUGCUUUGCAGACGCAAGCGGCGGCCGCAGAAGGGGAAGAGGCAGCGAUGAUGGCUGAUCAAGGUGACAGACUCUCUGCAGAGGCGUGCAAGUACCUCGAGCUUGCGCGCUCCUCGCCGGAUCGUUGGACCAGGACUUUGGACUCGGGGUUGCAAGGCAAACCUCGCUUCCUGGAGCUGGAGGCCCUGGUAGCAAAGGAGCAGAUCAACAGAGGAGAGGUUCCUGAGGUGCCGGCAGACAAACCUUCCGAGCCUGAAGCAUGGCAUCCGGCAAAGAGGGCGGUGUUCCCGGAUGCCAAGUCUUUGCGUCGUGUACCAGAAAGCGAGGAUGCCAAUGCUUUGGAGCUGGUUGACUUGAUGCUGCACUUCGGCCUCCCAGACCACGCAACUUUCCUUUUGACGCAUGCCGCCCAGGCCUACGGCUUCGUGGCUCCGAGUACAGCAGCCAGCGAGCGCUGCCAGCUGCAGCUGCUGAAAGCUGCAAUGCUCUCGAAGGAUUGGCCUGGAGCAGAGACCAUCGUCGAGAAUCUCUUCGGCAGCAGAGGAGCGGAUCGCACCCCCGAAGCCCAUUCUCUUUUGGGAGAGUGCCGCUUCCGCGCCGCCAGGGAAGCUGGGGCCAACAGUGCCGGCUAUCAACCCGCGCUGGAAGCCUUUGAGACAGCGCUUUCCUUCAUUGUGAAACCGGAGGUUGAAGUGCAACCAGCGCCCGGUCCAUCUCCCAUGGAAGAUCCAGUGCUGCACCUUCGUGUUGCCAAGAUUCUGCACCUCCAGGCAGAGGAGCAAGGCUUUGAAGAUGCUGCAGUGGUAGCUCGUGCCAUUAAGCACUACAAGAAGUCGGUCAUGGUGGCCCCAACGGCAGAAGCGUGGAAAUGCAUCGGCCUUUGCACCUACCGGCGUGUGCAGUUUGAGACCUCACGUGUGCGCAGAGACCGGAAGCUGCAGGAGGCAUCAAAGUACCUCCAAGAGGCCAACAUGCUGGACAAAGAGCGCCCAGACAUCCUGGCUUGGCUAACCAUCUGCGCUGUUGAGCUGGGUAACGUUCAGAUUGCCAAGCAGGGAUUCCGACAGCUGAUGCAGUUUGAAGAUCUUUUGGAAUCAUCUGUCGCCUUGGAGCUCGCACGAAUUUUUCUGCGAUUCAGCAACGAACAGAAGGCAUCAGAGUGGGGUGGCGAGCGCGGGCGACUGGUGCAAGAUGGGCGAUAUGCCAAAGAAGCUGCCAUGGUUGCCAAGAUGAUUCUGGCACGUGCAGAAGUGGGAGAAGCCAGGCAAAUCUUGGCUUGGUCUCUGGCUCUGGACGGAGAGCAUGCGGCAGCUGCUGGGGAAUUCUGUGCCGCAAUGCCACUGCUGGUGGUGCAAGAUCCGAAUACUUUGGAUCAAGCAGCUGAGAUGGCCAGGCACUGUGCAUCCAUGGUUCCUGGCGAGCCCCAGCUAGUGGCAAUGGUGGAGGAGGCUAUUGGGGCUGCUAUUGAGCAGCAAGCCGCUCAUGCAGACGCCGCGAGCAGCGCUUUCGAAGGCGUCAGUGAAGAUGGCCAGGCUCCAGAGCUGGAGGCGGAGGCUGCUCCGGCAGAUGCGGAGUCACCAGGAGCGCCACCAGAAAGCUCAUGA